AUCGUCAGGCUUUAUUCUAAAUUCAUUCACUCUGUAUACACUGCUUAUAUUCCCCUUUCUUCUAACUGCAGCAAUGGCCUUCCAGUCCAAUGUGAUCAGCUCGCAGCCGCAGGUCACUGUCACACAGUACUCUGUGUCCUCGGGAUUAUCAGAUUGGAGUUCAAAUGUGUGCGAUUGCUGUGAAGACUGUGGCAUCUGUCUCUGUGCAUCCUUCUUGCCCUGUAUCCUAGCUUGUCAGGUGGCUCAAGACCACGGGGACAGCUGCUGUCUGGCCUUCCUUCCUGGGGCUAUGAUUGCUCUCAGGACAAGCCUCCGCAACAAAUACAACAUUGAAGGCUCAGUGUGUGAUGACUGGGUUGUCAUGUCCUGCCUGCCUCUGUGUGGACUGUGUCAGAUGGCACGAGAGCAGAAAACGAGAGGAUUAUAAUAGAGGACGCUUCAUCUGCUCUCCAGACUUUAAAAAAACAUUGAAAUGCACACUCUAAAAUGUAUCCAGUUACUGGGCAGCUUGUGAUUUCAGAUUCAACAUUCAAAUGUUGAAUGCAAAAGCAUACAAUAUUGCAAAAAACAUUAACCCUCCUGUUAUGUUCGUUUCUCUGGAACAGCAAUAAUGUUCCUGGGUCAAUUUGACCCGGGGCAUAUUCAAUUAUCCAA